CUGCAACGUGAUGAUUUUGUUGCUAUUAUCAAUUAUCAUUAUGUUAUCACCAAACAGACCAAAUUGUAGGAUAAUUUUAAAAUUUUUCACCUUUGAAUAAUAAUUUGAGAACUUAUCUAUAUUAAUUAGGUUGGUGCAAAAUUAUCCUGAAGUUACGUUUUUGUCUUAUGUUAUUGCUGUUUCGGAAAGAUGGAUGAAUUAUUUGAAACACUGUCAUCUUUUUCUGAAGAUGAAGAGGAUAGUGAAUAUGAAGAUGAUCUUGAGGAUUUCGCACUGCUGCUUCUGAUACGCAGUAGAAUGAGAAGAAGAAAAAAUCGAAACAUAUGGACCCAUGCCGUUCGAACUGAGAAACACCGUAAGCAGUGCGGAGUUUAUCAUACUUUACUUCCAAAGCUGACAGAUGAACAAUUCAAACAUUACCUAAGAACUACGAGGACAGAAUUUGAAGAAAUCCAUGAUUACAUUAAAGAUGAUUUGAAAAAGCAAGAUACCCGGUUUCGUUUAGCGAUUUCUAGUAAACAUCGAUUAGCUAUAUGUUUGAGAUUUCUUGCUUCUGGAGAAACAUUUCGCAGUUUGAGCUUUCAUUUUCGUUUGGGAGAGAGCACAGUUUCCAUCAUUGUGAAGGAAGUUUGCGACGCUAUAUGGCACCGCAUGGCAAAUGAAUAUUUACCAAUUCUCAGUGUGAAAGAUUGGGAAGACAAGGCAGCUGAAUUUAAAAUGCGCUGGCGGUUUCCAAACUGUCUCUCAUCGAUCGAUGGAAAGCACAUUACAAUAAAAAAACCAACUCGAUCAGGCAGUGAAUAUUACAAUUAUAAGAAGUCGUUCUCAAUUGUGUUACUCGCUGGCGUUGAUGCGAAUUAUAAAUUUACCUUCAUUGACGUCGGAGUUAAAGGAAGAUUCAGUGAUGGUUAUACAUUUGCUCAAAGUAACUUUGGUAAACGGUUAAUUUCCAAUCAACUGAACAUUCCAAGUCCUACGAAGAUAGAACCAGGUGGUGAUGAAAUGCCAUUUGUUUUUGUUGCCGAUGCAGCUUUUCCUCUUUCAGAAAAUUUGAUGCGACCAUACCCCGGAACCAGUACAAAAAGUGACAUUCCAAACAGAAUAUUCAACUAUCGUUUAAGUCACGCGAGGCAAACCGUAGAAUGCGCUUUCGGUAUUUUAUCUGCGAGAUUUCGGAUUUAUCAAAGGCCACUGGAGUUUGAGCCAAGAAGUGUGGAAGCAUUUGUAAAAAGCACUUGUGUUUUGCAUAACUAUUUGAGAACUAAAAGCAUAUCUUUUGAGCAUGAGUUGGAAGAAAUUCCUAAUGUAGAUUUUGAAGAUCCUCACAACCAGUUAAUUGAUGUGCCUUCAACAAAAGCACGAUCGGCGCGAAAAGCAUAUCUUAUUCGUGAAAAGUUGAAAAAUUAUUUUAUAAAUGUUGAUCCUAUACCUUACCAGGAGCAAGCUGUUCGUAAUGGCAAAUAUUAGGUUUCGAGGUAUAAUUGAUUUCCUUUAGGGAUUUAUGCUGUAGAGUUUUGAGUACUUAUCCCCCUUGAGUAAUUUAUUCUAUCCCUGUAAGUUUAUAAGUAACUUAUUCUCACAUUGUUAGUUUAGUAAUUCAUUUUAUCUCUUUAAGUAAUGUAUUCUCACCCUAUAACAGUGUAACUACAUGUUGGCAAUAAAUAAAUGUAUUUUUUUUAAAAUAAAUGAAA